CAAACAUAUGCGUUCACGGUCUUCCUUCGGUAUGUUCUUGUGCACCAAGAAACUGCGACGCCCGCAGCUUUCGUUGCCGCACUCGUGAUCAAGCCAGCAUUCUGAGACACCUUCAGCGCAACGCUAAAACUCGGUUUCGCUUGAGGCGCUUUUCGUUCGCCUAAAAGUGCCAAACUUUUUUCAGGCCCAUGAUAUGGGACACCAAGAGCAUCCUGCUCACCGUCGGAUUUUUCGGUGGUGCCCUCCUGAUGGCCUGGGCUGCCUUCACGGUCUUCACGUGGCUUGGCGGCAACAACCGCGUGAUCCUGCUGAGCCGUGAAGAGGCGGCCCGCAUGGUCCGUGAGCGCGGUUGCAAAUGCCGCAAGGCGCGCUCACCGACUGUCUCGGGCAAUGGCGUGCCCCGGAAAGAAGAUUACGUCUGCAGCUGCCCGGCAUCCUCGAAGAUCAAGACUAAAGGAAAGAGGCGGCUCAUGAAAAAGAUCGUAUCAACACCAACACCUUCUGCAGAGCCAGUGAAGAAGGCCCCUGCAUCCCGGCGAGAUGUUCCUGGCAUCAAGGAAUCCCUGUGACCAGUUGCCUUCCGACCUGUUUCACAAGACUGUGCUUGUUUAAAGUGCUCUUGAGCAAACUCAGCCGUCAGAUUUUGUUUGUUGUUCUCUGUUCUUUAAAGUUUACAAUAAA